CAUGUUAGACCAGCACUUGUUUUGUCCCUUUGUUUCUUGCCCUUUUCUUCCAUUCUUCAAUAUCUGUGCAGUCGCUUUUGCCUGAUUGCCUCCAUUUUCAAAUAAAAAGCAAGCCUUCACAGUUUCUUCAUUCUUCAAUGGCGGCAGAAGCAAUAGACCCAUUCCCAAACUAUAGCAAAACCCAGCGCAUAGUCCUCCUAAUAGACUUAAACCCACUUCUCCAAAUCCAAGACCCAAAUCCAUAUAUCAAAACCCUCAUUUCUUCCUUCAAAACACUCCUCUCUUUCCCUCCUCUAUCCUCUUCUCUCUUCUCUUUCAGACCCUUCUUUUCUUCUCUUUCCCCUCUCCUUUCCUCCUCAAAACUCCCAUUUCCUUCCCUCUCUCUCUCUUUCAACCACCCAGAUUCCACUCUCCACUCCCUCACUCAUUUCCUCACUUCUCUCCCCACCAUAAUAAAUAAAGCCUCCUUCCCUUUAUACCCUUCUCGCGCUUUAAAUCUUGCCGCCUCCUUGCGCCAGCUCGUGCAUGACUACGCCUGGGACCCACUGAUCCCCGAUCCGGUGGCCGGUACGCUGUUCAACUCUGAUAGCUCCCUUUUGAUUAGGUCUAAUUUGGUAAUUUUGUUAUCUCCGGUUUAUAGGGACUUGAAUUGGUUACAUGAAUUCUUUGAUGUGGAAAUGGAUGAUGAAUGUUUGAGGGAUUUGGGUGCUUUUGUUAAAGAGUUUCGUGGGGUUUUUGAGGGUGUGAAUGAUGCGUUUGUUAGUAGGGAUAUUCAUUGUUGUUGGGUUGAUUUGAAGUUUAAAUCGUGGGAAAAUGAAGAUUUUGAAAAUUUGGGGUUUGAGUUUUUGGAGAGUGGGAUUAGGAGUUUAAGUUGGGGAUUUUGUUCUACGGAAUCGAUUGUUUUAGGUUCCGCUCUUGUUCCUUUUGGACUGAUUUAUCCGAUGAUUGUGGUUUCGUCAAAUUGUUUUCCUGGCUUUGAUUUUAAUGAUGAUUCUGGUAGAAGGAGAAAUGUCCAAUUGAGUCUUGAGAUAUUAGAUGCCAAUGGGAAGCCUUUAGAAUGUAAGUGCUGUGAGCUUGGGUUUGUUAAUUUCAAAACGUGUUCCAGAAGUAAACAAGGUGAUGUUUUGUUUACACCUGAAGUCAGUAAUCCACAAAUGAGAGCUGAUGACCAAAAGAAUAACUCCUUGUUGGACCAUUAUUUUGAUGGAGUAACAAAAGUGCGUGUUAAGGCACUGAGGAUGAAUGACGAGUGUGAGAAAUUUGAGGGGUGCUUCUUGAAUCCGAUAAUUGUUGUUGAAUCCUUGGGAAAAUCAUGGAAAGAUCCAAAAGAUCAUUCGGGUGAGUUUUAUGCAGAUAGAGUUCUUCAAAUACUUGCAAGGGAUAUGGGUGAAUCAUUGGUGAGAAAACCUGUUCCCAUUUGGCAAAUUUUCUUGAGUUUUCUUUAUAGGGAAGGUUACUGGGCAUUGGUAUCUUUUUCAGAUGGCAAUAUUGAUUUGUAUACAGGAAUCCUGAAGCCAUUCACUGUUUUUUCGGCAAUGCUGUGUAUCAUUGAUGAUGGGUUCCUCCCUAACAAGUUACUAGAAUAUGGUAGGGUGGAUUUGGCUGCAUGUGUUGCAAAAAGGGACAAUGAAACUAACAAACUCUAUGUUCAUUCAAAGAACUCUGCCGGGUUUUUGAAGUCCCAAUCUCAUUCUUCACCUUCCCACAAGUUUGCCGCGAAAAGGAAGAAGAAUAAAAAGAAGUUGCGUUUGCUUCAUGACUUCACGUGGAGUGCCUUCUGUCAAGCAGCAGCUGAACAUUUAGCUAUAGAUUUAGAAGCAAGUUACUUUUCCAGGGACUGCAAUAACUCAAAGAAGUUAAAAUUUCUGAAAUGCUGGAUGAAGCAGGUCCAAAAAUGUAGUUCUUCCAGCUUGAAGAUACCAGAGAGUGCCAAGCCAGAUCAGGAUGCUACAGAAGAAAUUAAUCAUAGGCCAAUUGAGUUGCCUCAAGAUAGAGAACAGCUGGCCUCUUAUUCUCAAUCAGCAGGAGAAGGUUUCUCCAGAAUGUUAGAUGAAGCUGGUAAUGAUUUUUGUUCGGGAACUAUCGAAAAUUUCUUCAAUAGUCUCCCUAUUAAAAUUAAACAAGGGAUAGAAUCGGGUGAAGUAGAAUUAGGGGCUUUGGCAGAACGUCUUGUGAGUUCAACCAUUUAUUGGUUAUAUCAAAAGAAUAAAAUGGAAGGCAUUUGGGAAAGUCAAACCUCUCUGGUGAAAGCUAAUGAUGCUUGUGCUAGCAAAGCUGCUGUUGAACUAAUUGAACUUCUACUGAGGGAGCCAAAGGACUUGGCUGCUAUGCAUAAAAUGAGAGAUCCAUCCUCUCAGGCAUCUGAUUCAAGGUCUUCUGGAUCUGUUUCAGUUAGUGUAGUUAGAGAAUAUGAAUUGCAGAUUUUGUUUCGUAUGGAGAUUCUUCAAUCAGAGGUCAGUGCAACUAUUGAGGAGCCUACGAAACAGAAAUUUGUAAAACAAAUUUGCUCAACACUGGAGUCUAUUCAGUGCCAUCUUGAGGGUGGCUUUUUUGGUGAUUGGAGACUUGACAAGUAUGUGGAAAAUAUCAUAAAGAGCAGGUAUUAUCAUUCUCUCAGAGAUGUAGUUGAUAGAAUCUAUAAGAAGAUGGAUUUGUUGCUGUUUGACGAUGAGGAUGAAUUGCCUAAUCAUUUACUCAACAGUGAGGACAGUAAUCGAUCCUGGAAAGAAAAACCAGAGGAAGAUGUAAACUACAGAAAUAAUGAACCAGUUUCAAUAGAAGAUGAGUCCCCCCAACUGCAGAAAAAUGAUAACAAAAGAAGUCCCCGAGUGAUUAGGACUAAGGAGGAUGCCCUGAAAUUGAUUCAGGCUCAGGAGAGGAGGGAGAGGGCUCGGCGAUUUUCAUCAUUUACAAGUUGGAUGCCCGAUUUGCAGAGAGUUUGGGCUCCAAAGCAGCCAAAGGCAAUGAAACCCAAGUCUGAUCCUCUUCGAAAACUGUCAAAAAGGAAGAACCGUAGCAGAGCAAGCUAUGACAUGGUAUGUGAGACCCCAAUGACAGCAAAAAAGCGGUCUAGCCCAUGUGGAAACAGCAUUGAUGAUGAAGAAGACAAUGAAGACUGCAGAGCUCACUCUCAUGGUCCUGUCUCAAAGGCUUUGUUCCAAGAUGAUAUGCAAUAAGAAUCAAGGCUUUUCUCACUUACCAUGCUGGCAUGAUGCCUUUAACACAGAACGUGGAAGGAUGCAGAGCUCCUUUCAGGGAAGUUGCUGCCAUGAAUUCGCCAUUUAACGUUGCAAAAUUUAACCAGAUAGGUUUAUCUUAAUCACAGCCUCUAAUUAUUUGUGAAUUAGUUAUAACUUGUUUAUCAUUAACCGAACAUAAGGUUAGUUUCAUGUAAACUUACAACUUAAACGUUGAAUAAAAGAUCUAUUUUCUUUUUCUUUCUUCCGAAGAAUAAGAGGUUUAUUCUUAUUUGUAAAGGCAUUCCUUUUCAUUUUUUUUUCA